UCACUUGUGCGAGACUUUGUGAUUUGGAAGUUUUCCAGUGCUGCCAGCUGUGAUCUUCACCUGUGCUUCACUACACCCACCUUCAAUCAUCUACACUACUGUUACAUCUCAAUCAGAAAACAACACACUGACUAGAUAAACAUAUUCAGACACAACAGACAUUUUAUUUACAAACCUACACAUAAUAUUCACUAACACACACACUUUCACUCACUAUCUUCCCACAAACACUGUUUAAUUAAUUUGGAACAUAUUUAAAUACAUUUUACAGUUUGUAUUUUCUCUGUUGCUUUGAUCUAGAUAACCGGUUUUUUCUCCCCCAGUUUUCUUCUGUUUUUCUCUCUGUCCACCAGGAUGCCACGCAAGGGACGACGCUCUGAGGCCGCCAAGAAGAGAUGGAGGACCCUGGACCAGGAGGACCUGCAGAGCAGCCAGCCGGACGUCGCCAAGCCCAGGACAUCCCCACCCACCGCGCAGGCUUGGACCCCCACCCAGUCUCCGGAGAAGAAGAUGUCCCGACUGCUGGAGUCCCCGGGCCAGGUGGUUUGCCAGGAGGAGCCCCGUAGGCCAUUGACCUCUCUUGUGUCACGCCGUGGGACGGGGCGUCGCCAUCGCAUCGUGAAGUGGCCGUUUUCCCCUGUGACUUACCGUAGUCACAAGUUGGUCCUGCCAGCCGCGGUCCCGGAGAAGAGGUUUGUUCUUUUGGUUGGUGACUCCCAUCUGCGUGCUUACGUUGAUGAGUUUGUCUCCAUGCCAGAGGGCAACCUCUCCUUUGGGUUUCUUGCAACCCCCGGGGCCUCGGUGGACGAGUUGAGGCGUGAGGUGCUGGGAGCAGUUCUGCCUCGGACCCCCGAGGUAGUCUGUCUUCUGGCACCUGGCAACAACUUGGAAGCCAGAAGGACCGUGCAGCAGUCGGGCGCGGACUUCGAGGGGCUGCUGCUCGCCGUCGGCAACCUCUGCCCUAACGUGGUUGUUGUGGACUUUCCUCCACGUCUCACCGUGGAGGAAGACCACCAACAGCUGCUCCGGCAGGAGUACCACCGUGUGGCUGCUCGGAGAAAUGUUCGCUACCUCUCGGUAGUUGAACAUUUCCCACGGAGCUGCUUGGACAUGUGGAGCAGGGAUGGCGUUCACCUGAGCGACCAUCCUGGGAUGGAGGUCCUUGCUCAGUUGCUGUGGGAUGCGUCCUACACGCAACUCGAGUUAAGUGCACCGACAUCUCCAGCUCCACCUCCUGCUCCUGUGACGCCUCCUUCCCCCGUGGUGAGACGUCCCCCCCCCAGGCUGGUUGUGGUCGGCGAGGUUCCAGCUCCGCCUCCUGCUCCUGUGACGCCUCCUUCCCCCGUGGUGAGACGUUCCCCCCCCAGGCUGGUUGUGGUCGGCGAGGUUCCAGCUCCGCGUCCUUCGGACCCUUUCGCUUGGACUGUUGUCCGUGGUGGCCAGAGGACGUCGCGCCAGGUCCAGAGGGGUGAUGGCUCUCCACACAUCACUGGGAGGAUGGUUGACCAACAGGGAGACCUGCUGGACUCGACCAUUCCCCCGAAUCCUGUGUGGUUCAGCCCAACGGUGCUGGAGGAGAUGGACCUGAUCGUUCCUGCGUCUGGCCGUGACGCUCCGUUACCGACGCGUGCUCCGAAGGGGAAGAAGAAAGCCAGUGUGAGACGUCGUCCACGACCCGAUCCCUCCAAGCCGAGACCGGAGGAGCUGCAGGUGGAGGGAGCUCCGACUGAGAGGACCAGGCCAGCCCGUCGCCAGCCCAGGAGAGCCGCCCCCACGUUGGAGGUUGACGCACCCGCCGAGUCCUCUCCCGCGCCUCUGGAGGACCAUGUUAUGGAUGACAGCUGCCAGGUGGAGGGAGCUCCGACUGAGAGGUCCAGGCCAGCCCGUCGCCAGCCCAGGAGAGCCACCCCCACGUUGGAGGUUGAUGCCCCCGCCAAGUCCUCUCCCGCGCCUCUGGAGGACCAUGUCAGGGAUGACAGCUGCCAGGCUUCUUCGUUGGAACCCUGUGCCAGCGGUCCGCCUGUCCAGACUGUGAGGGCCACACAUUGCCAGGCUGACUACAGAUACGGUACAUUUUCCCGUAAUCACCAGUGCACCUGUAUGGCUCUGACAUUUUUAGCGUACCACAGUGAGGGGUUGCAGUGUGACACAGUCUUACUUGACAGAGUACUUGAGCAAGGAGAUGCACUUUAUGUUGGCAUUAAACAGCAGCUCAUGUUGGACGGUAGAUUUGUUGAUAAUCACUUGACAGUUGAAGAGAUGCCCCAACAAGUACUGACAGACGGGAACAUCUACUCUGUACACACAACGGGUGUCAGAGUUGGUCAUGUUUUGUGUCAGAAUGAUAGCCCUCAAAGAUCACGGCGAAUGGGAUUGCCUCUUGCCUCACAACUAGAGUGCCUGUCUGAAAAUGUCACCCAUGCUUUUCUUUUGGUGACUCCUGAGUGCAUUGCAGUUUUCCGGGACAGAGACGGUAGGUUUGGAGUUUUUGAUUCUCACUCCAGAAACUCAGCAGGCCUGCCCCAUCCUAACGGAACUGCAGUGGUCAUGACCUUUAGCAACCUAACGCUCAUGGUUGAACAUCUGUACAAACUCUUUCAGAACCGUGGCCCCUAUGCCACGUAUGAGUUUGUACCAGUAUCGUUUGUCAGCGACGACAUUGGUGAUGCCCCUCCUCCGGCCUUGAGCAAUCUGAAUAUUUCACCUGGAUCCACACAAGCAAGCCCAGGUGCUAAGAAAUCAGAGAGCGCUUCUGAUGAAGAGGAUGAAGAGGAAAUGCCAGCUUGGCUUGUUGAAGUUGGCCACAUAUUAGAGGAAACUGUCCCAACGGUGCCAGAUGUGUCCAAAAUGCCGAAAGCCAGGAGGAAAAAAGUAAAAGACAGGGUCAAAGCUCAGCUGGGACAGGAUGUAGUUAAAAAAAUGAAACAAAGAACAUCUGAGAAAGAAAAAUAUGAUACAUCGCCUACAUAUAAGGUAAAAAAACUACGGGCAAUGAAACAAGCAUAUCUUCUUCAACAUGCAGAGAGGAAGAUCCAGUUAACUGCUAGAUACAAGCGUGAUGUUGCUUACCGAAGGAGACUAAUGGAAUAUGUAAAGGAGAGAUACAGCAACGAUCCCAACUACAAAGCCAGACAGAAAGCAUUUAUGAAGGAGUAUAUAAAGGAAAGAUACAGCAAAGAUCCCAUCUACAGAGGCCGACAAAUGAAAUAUGUAAAGGAAAGAUACAGGAAUGAUCCCAACUUCACAGCCAGACAAAAAACAUUUAUGAAGAACUAUAUAAAGGAAAGGUACAGCAACGAUCCCAACUUCACAGCCAGACAAAAAACAUUUAUGAAGAACUAUAUAAAGGAAAGGUACAGCAACGAUCCCAACUUCACAGCCAGACAAAAAACAUUUAUGAAGAACUAUAUAAAGGAAAGGUACAGCAACGAUCCCAACUUCACAGCCAGACAGAAAAGACUUAUGAGGAUGUAUAUGAAGAAAAUGUACAGCAAGUUACAGUUCCGGGUGCAACAUAUUAAAAAAUGUGCUGUCAACAGGAGACUAAGACUAUCAAAGAAGACACUUCCUCAAAAUACAAUGCUGCAGUGUGCAAUGAGAAUCAGGCGAAAAUACAGAAGGACUUUAGGCUUUCUCCAAGGAACUCCACAGCCUCUGAUCAGCAACGAAAUGAAAGCUGCAAUUCUGAAAUUUCAAGAGAAAAUUCAACUUGGACCCACACAUGUCUGCACGGUGUGUCACAGAGCUCUUUUCCCGAGUCAAGUCAAGCAUUGUAACAGAGCCAAAUAUACCAAGAACAUUCGUGUGGAGGCCGAAUGCCUGACAGGUACGUAUGUUCACAUGUGUGACUCUGCAUGCUCCGCCCCGUGUUCUGUACCCAAAGAGAGGACUCAGGAGUGGAUCUGCUACACGUGA